AUGUUCAAUUAUACUAACAUUGGAUUUCUAAGCCUGAAAAUAAUUGCCUUUCUUUGCAUUUUAAUUGGAUACUUUAUGAAUUCAUAAGAAUUAAAUAAAGCUUAAAAGAAUACUGGAAAUCCAUUAUUCCUUGAUAAGAAGGAUUUUUUUUAUUAUGUAUUUAGCAGAAUCGUUUUAAUUGUCGAUGAAAAUUUUACAGGAUUCGACAACAAUGAUGUAUAUUAUCAUAUUGAUUCAUAAUUCAAUAUUAAUUAUGAAAUUCUUUACAAUACAGUCAUACACGGAAUAAGCCCAAUUGCAUAAUUACAAUAUUGGAAUAUCCAAUACCAAACCUUAGAUAGUGUGACAUACCAGUUAAAAAAACAAAAUAAAACUAGUUAUUUGUCAAGUUAUAAAGCUUACACGGAUUAUGAUCCUUUUAGCUAAUUUUAGUAAUUAAAUGACGGAUCAGAAUUAAUUGCAAAAUUAAAUUAAGAUGAUUUUGCAUUCUAUUACAUUGAUAACGUUCAGCUAUCAUCAAUAGAAUAUGAUAAUUUAUUGUCCUAAGUCGACAAUAAUACUAUGAUAAUUGUACUUAAAUUUGACAAAGUCUAUUUCUAUACAAAUAGAACAAGAUUAUCAAAAGAUGAGCAUACCAAAACUAUUUAUUCAAUUGAUUCAUUAACUUCUACAAUCAGUUGUCUACUUGAUUCUCCAAUUCCAUUAGAGAAUCAUGGAAUGAUAUUGCCAGGUCUAUUUUACGAAACUAAACCUGCAUAAGAUAUCAAUCAGAUUUAACUAUUGGAUUACAUGAUGAACUUAUAUCAAUUAUAUGAACAUUAUACUUUGAUUGAAAAAAAGAAGUCGAUCAAGUAUUAGAAAGACUUAGACUUAUUCAAAGAUUAGUUUGAAUUAGUUUCAACAAGUAAAGAUGAUAAGAUGAUUUAGAAUUAUUUAGAUACAUUAAAAAAUGAAAUAAAAGAUCUUGCUUUUGCUAUUAAUUCUGAAAUUAGUGGCAAUAUCUUUGUUCUUUUGCUUGGACUAUUUUUAUGUCUAUAUAUCUUGUACUUGAUAUUUUUCAAGUAACAAGAGUUAGUGAUUAUUGAUUGGUAUAUUUUAGGAUUAACAGCAGCAUUUGCAUUUAUUGAGAUAAACUUAUUCAAAAUAAUACUAUUUUUGGUAUUACUUUUAAAAAUGAAAUAACCAGUGAUUUAAAGUCUCUUAGGAUUCUUGCUUUUGAUUAGUGACUUUCCAUUUUAUUAAUUACUUUCAAUUGGAAGUUUGGCUUAUAUGUUUAUCAAGAACAAGGAUUUAAUUUUAACUUUAUUGAAAACAAAAUAAAAUUUAUUAAAAUAUAGCAUAGGAAUAUUUAUAAUAAUUAUUUUAUCGUCAUACGUUAAAUAUUUAUUGAUUAUAUUCAUACCUUUGAUUAUAUUUAUAUGCAGAAAACAUGUGGAUGUUACAAUUCUAUUGGUUUGUUGUUUUUGCAGAGCCUAAAAUCUAUUGCCAAUCUUGUUAUUGUCAUUUUAAUACUUUAGAGAAAAUGAAGAGAGUUAUUUUAAAUAUCCAGCAUAUUUAGUUAUAGAUGUCUUAUAUAUCACUGUUACUCAUCCAGUACUACCAAAUAGUCCUGUUUUAUUUUAGAUUGAUGGAUAUUUACAUCUCAUGGAUAUUAUUAUGCUAAUAUGCUUAUAAUAAAUGUAUUACCAUUUUACAACUGAAAUCAAUAGCAAUUUAGAAAUAAAUGAAAAAAGCAUAAUAACAAGUAUUUAAAAGAUUACUGAAUAUAAUGUUGAAUAUUUUGAUAAUAUAAUUUUAUAAUUGAUAAUAGAAAUAAUAUGGAUUAUCGAAUUAAUGUUAACAGAAAUUUUCUGUUAUGACAUGAAGUAGAUUGGAAAUUAAUAUUUUACUUUGCAAUUCUUAUGUUUAAAUUUAUUUAUGUUGUUAUUUUAUCUAAUUAAGGAAGGGAGAGGAAGAAUAGUUGAAUUAGAAUAUGAGAAAGCACAAAAUAAAUAAGAAUUAGAAACGAAAGAUAUGUAUGAAAAUUAAAUGAGGGAAAUUGAAAUUUGA